AUGCGGCGUGUAAGUGGGGGCCUCACAGUCCCUUUCGUGACGUACCUCCCGAUCACUGGCCACAGGGGUACACUGCGUUACUACAGCAGCAGCAGCCGUAGCAGCAACGACAACAACAACAACAACAACGAUAACAGCAACACGGCGGUAGGGAAGACUGGCAAGGAAAAGGCAGGUCGCUAUGAUGAGAAGCCGACACCGGAGAGUGCCCCACAUAUUCCCACCAGGCAACGUGGAAAGCAGCAUGAGAGUGAUGCCCAGCUGAUCAACAUUACAGAGGUUUCAACACGCGCUGGUGUGCGUUGGCUGGAUGUGUCUGGACGCACACAUGCGUGGGCUGAAAACUCUUUCCUCCGCGAGGGCGAAUUCGUGGAGUACGCAAUGAAGGCGCUGCGCAACUGGCAACUGCCGCCUGACAUGAUCGCGAAAGUUGCCCAGGGCGAGCGUCCAAUGCCGUUUGUGCACGUUGAGGAAACUUGGGCAAGCCUAACACUGCGCUGCGCUCAGCAGAACCCCCGCUGGCUCUCGUCGCUUCUGCACGAAAAAGUGAAGGACUUCCGUGUGACUGGCGAUGAAAGGGCACGCCGUGAGAAGGGGCUCGAAAUGCGCGAUGACGAGGAUGAGGUCCUCCGUGACGUGGACGAGGCCCGUGUGCGCAGCGGGCGCAACAGGGCCCUCGCCGGCCGCAACGAGAGGCGCUGGGUUGCCGCGCACGCAACCAUAACGGAGCUGACGGACCGCCUCCACAUCUUCCUGCUGAAGGAAGACUGCCCGCCGACCGAGAUGGCGGGUGAGAAGGAGGACGAGGAGAAGGGGCACCGCCGAAACGUGCACUGGCGCGUGGUGACAGUGCACCGCUACCGGGUGCCAUUUCUGGAGGACAUGCUGAGAAACUGGGCAACGAGCAAACUUCGGGGCGAGACAUGGGUCGGGGUCGUGCGUCGUAUCGUUCACGGCACCACCAUGAGCGUGCAGAGUGUCAACUACAAGUACGCCGAGCGGCUGGACGAGGUGGAGGCGAUACUGUUUAGGUCUGAGACGAAGAUGCACGAGCUUUCCAAGGUCCUCGCGCAAGUGCACAUUGUUCACCGGCGUACAAAAAUCCACGCAAACCUCCUCCGUGAGACACAAAGAUGCUACCCCAAACUACUGACCUCCUUGAAGAUACCCAUCGAGAUACAGGACCAAAGGGAGAUCCUUCUUAUCUCGAAUGCCCUAUCACUCGCUGAAGAACUUCACGAUCAGACGCGAUCGCUACUGGCUCUCCAAUUUUCUGUUGCAGCGUACAUGCUCGAAGAUCAUCUUCGCAUGUUAACGAUAUUCACA